AUGCUGAGGGCGCUGACUGACGCAGUGAGAAAUGAUGCUGCACAAAACAUGCUAAAUCUUUUUAUUGAGUUGGCAAAGAAAGAGCCUAGGUUCUUCAGGAGGCAGCUUGUGGAUGUAGUGAGUGACAUGUUUGAGAUAGCUGAGGAUAAGAGUGUGAAAGAGAAGACAAAGCACUUGGCAGUUGAGUUCGUGUUAACUUUGGUUGAGGCGAAGAAAAAGGCUCCGGGGAUGAUGAAGAAGUUACCCUUCUUUACAAACAGAUGUUUUGCAAUGAUUUUGAAGUUGUUACUGGAUAUUGAGGAUGAACCUAGCUGGUAUAGCACAGACACUGAACAUGAGUACGCAGGGGAAACUGUUGAAUGUUUAGAACGGUUCUCGGCUGCAUUAGGUGGAAAGACUAUUGCUUCUAUUGCCAUGGAGCAGCUGGAGGCUUACUUUGACUCCCUGGAGUGGGAGAAGCGACAUGCAGCUCUCAGGGAAUUUUAUCAGAUAGCUGAAGGAAGCUGGAAGGUGAUGAUAAAGUAUUUGGAGAAAAUAGUGUAUGCGGUUUUGCAUUCUUGCCAAGAUCCUCAUCCUCGAGUCAGAUGGGCCGCUAUGGUUACAAUCGAACAGUUGUCGGACGACUUUCAUUGGGAGUGGCAAGAAGAAUACCAUAACCAAUUAGUUCCUGUAAUAGUUGCAGCAAUGGAUGAUUUUCCUCGGGUGCAGAUAGCUGCAGCUUGUGCUCUUAGACAAUUCUUCAAUCCUGAUAUGCCAGAAACUUUGGUACCUUACUUGGAUCAAAUACUCAACAAACUGCUUGUACUUCUUCAGAAUGAUGAUCAAAUGGUUCAGAAAGCAGCAAUAGAGGCAUUGAUCGAUAUAGCUGAGUUUUCUAAUGAGCACUUCAAGAAUUUCUAUGAUUUUGUAAUGCCAGAUUUGAAAAGUAUCCUGGUAAAUGCAAAUGAGAAAUCUAAUCACAAGCUUCGAAGCAUCGCCUCGCAGUGCAUACGCAACGUUGGGUUGGCUGUAGGCAAAGAGAAAUUCAGAGCUGACUUAGAGAAGGUUAUGGAAGUGCUCAAGCCAUUACAAGAGUCUGGUACUAAUAUUCACAUUCUAAAGGCAUGCCACUCAAUUUGUAAGUGCAUCGGUAAGGAAUUUCUUCCUUACAUGAGUACUGUUAUGCCACUUUUGGUUGAAUAUGCUCAGCUUGAGAUAGAUAAAGACUUGGAUGAUGAAUGUGAUGAUAGCGAGUGUAAUCCUCAACCGGUCCCUUUCACACUAUCUGUAAUUCUAACAGCUAAUUCUGCUGCCACUUCCUACCCUGAAUGUAUUGUUGCUGCUGAAGUUUGCAACCCAUUCAUGAUAUUCCUUCAUAAGCCGCAAUCAAAUUGCGGUGUGGUGUUCCUUCUCCUUCAUCCCCAGCCUAUUGUGUUAUACUCUCGUCUAUUACCUCCCUCCGUAGAGCCUGCAUAUCCACAUCCAUUUAUCCAGUAA